AUGAUGCAGAAGAUGCAACACGACAUUGAGCACCAGGCCUCUAGGGCCACGGCCGCAGGGAGCGGCCGCCACAAUAGCCAUCCUACUUCCUACCGUGACGCCGCACUCGCGGGUCACGUGUCAUCGCCAUCUUCUUUGGUAUCAAGAUGGCUCGCAAAGGCCCAGACCAACGGCACAGACCCCAGCUCUGGGUCCAGCAGCACCGGCAGUAACAUGCCAACGCCAGUCCUGCCUCUCCGGGAGGACCUGCAGAUCAUCGUCCGUAGCACGGAUCGGACAGCCGUCGACCCGCUCAGACGAGAUGAGCAAGAACUUGUCAAACGAGUCAACCGCGCAAUCCAAGAUCUGACGGACAGCACAGUGCCAUGUCGACGGAUCUCAGCAGGCAAGGUCCUACCGAGCGGCGAUGUACUACUCCAAGCAGAUAGACUAGAAGACGUCGAGUGCCUAACCAGGAAUAGCCGAUGGUGCCGCAUUUUCGGGGAACACGCAGGACUCAAGAAGCCGGCAUACGCCGUGGUAAUGCACGGCGUGCCCUGCAGCUUCGAUCCAUGUCAACCAGAAGCGAAAGCGAGGAUUAAGAUGGAGAAUGCUGGUCGCCUUGCUGAUACACCAACUGAGAUCAACCACAUUGGGUGGUUGCUCAACCGCCGUAAGAUGGAAGAGGAUAGACCAGAGACCUCGAAACUCGUCAUUGAGUUUGAUGACGCAUACGCAGCCAACCAAGCUAUUUUGAUGGGCCUCGCGCUCUUUGGGAGAAAUCAUGACUGCCGAUUCUUUGAUGGUAGCCAACGUCUGGAGCAAUGCUUUAAUUGUCAACUGUAUGGACAUAUAGCCCGAAACUUCAAGCGAAAGGCUCAAUGCGCAUUCUGCGCAGAGAGCCAUGAUACCCCAGACUGCCCACAAGCCAGGGACCGCACCCAGGCCAAGUGUGCAGCAUAUAUCAAACAUGAGAAGAAAUCGAAUCUUAACCACUUUGCCUUCGACAGAGGCUGCCCGAUUACGGCGGAGCGGUUAGACAUCAUUCGCGCAAACCGCAUUAACGGGCCCCAAUGGCAUCACCCGACGCCAUGGAAGUCCCUGUCAUCAUCAUCAACGACGACAGCCAACCCAACACCAUCCGAGGCCUCACAGCUACGACCAACGACGCGUCAGGUCAACGACCGCACCAACCUCAACGAGAGCAUACACGCCAGCAUAAGUGGAUCGAAAUGCCGGAAGCCCACCACCCAGAAAAGGCCCAGGGUAGCAUACGCAGACGAUGACCAGAUUGAGGAGGACAUCAGGGCUCACCACCCUAGCGGCGCUCAGCCGGUCACCUCACUCAACGAUGUCGAUAUUGACCUCAUAGACCCUGGACAAGACCCGCCAGCAUCGCGGACACGAUCAAGACAUUCAACGAGAACGCAAACCACGACCAACCCCAUGGACGGGUUAAGCACAGAUCAACGUCAAACGCAGUCUCAAGCUACCAAAGGAGAUCAACAAUGUUAA